CAUUUACCGUUGCCAAGUACAGAUGGUCAUGAGGGGCAGGGGGGUCUUAUCUUAUCAACAUCCCAGCUCUGAUUAUACUAACAAGCUGUGUCGGCGUCGGACUUUGUAUUUAGCGAUUGCCCAGACGGGGCCAUAUCGAAAAUUGAAGAUACAGGGCAGAGAGCCAGCGUAUGGAUAUUGAAUGACGGGUGAAGUCGCGUGCGCACACCUCCAACCAGCUAUCAUAGUAGCGCAGACAAAUCAUGGCUUCGCUUCGCGAGGUGCCACGCGCUGGUAGGCAAUUGUUGGGCUCAGUAUCCCAUCUGAAGCCAUGCGCACCAGGCAUUUACAGAUGCGCCUCCACUGAGAGUACACCUCUUACGGUAUAUGAUAUUGAGGCAGACUCCGGUUUGGCGACCCCAGUUAUUACUCGGGAAGGUAUCAAGGUCGUCGACCCACGAAAGAGAGCAAGCAGGAGAAAUUUCGAGCUGCCCCACGAGAGAUACCGAUACCGUGCCCCGAAAUACUAUCGUGGUCCAUUGCACCCCGUGCAACCGCCUCCGUCUUCCGACCCGAUUGCCAGAGACUUCGCUCCUGGCCCAUUCAACCUUCCUCGACUGAAGCAGACAUACCAAUCCACCAUUGCCUCCGACAUAAUGACUAUGAUGUAUCAACACACCCCUCCAGGGGCCCCCGAUAAGCCCGAGCGCAUACGACUACGAGAGUGGGAUGAUUCUUCACCAUACAUGAAGAACCGUCCAAAGCGUGGUCCCCGUGGUGCUGACGUGCUAUUCCCUAUCGAGAAGCCUAUCACCUGGCAAAACAUCCCCGAGGUCCGCGCAGUGCAUAUUGCAGUGUACACGCCCCAAGCCAAGAAGAACUUUGACCACAUCAUAGUUGGAAAGGCCGUACUACAGAGUAUCUCGGGUGUGCGGCCGAAAACUACAGUGAUAAAGAACAGCGUCUCCCAGUGGAGCAUAGUUAAGGGUGAUAAGUCUGGCGUGAAAUGCUCGAUAAGUGGAAACCAAGCUUAUGAGUUUCUCGACAAGAUUGUUAAUCUCGUGUUUCCUAAAAUCAAGGAAUGGAAGGGUGUUCAAGGAACUACGGGAGACAGUACAGGCAACAUUCAGUUCGGCCUUGAGCCGCAAGAUAUGCAGCAUUUUCCAGAGGUAGAAGCCUCCUUUAAUAUGUACCCGUCAAAGAUGAUACCUGGCUGCCGCAUCACCUUGGAGACCACAGCCAAGUCCGACAGACACGCGAGGAUACUGUGCAAAGCAUUAGGGAUUCCCUUCUACGGAAAGAUUGUAGAUUGAUCACAAUGAAAUGUGGCUCGGCGACUCUCUAUCAUGUAUCGAAACUCAUGUACUCUCAAGCGUAUUGUUACUCUCUCACUUGUAUAUAAACCGGCGCUUUGGUAAGAUACGUAGAGAGUAUAUAAUGUAGGAUUGUACAAUAUCACGAAUGCUCAAUAUGAUACUCAUAAACACACCAAAUUA